AUGUUUAUCAAAGUGAUGUUUGGAGCUGGCUGCUGGGAGCUGGUGAACACUUGGUGCAGCCCGGUGACCCUCACCACCCACUUGAGGCAGAGGGGGCAGGUGCCCCCAGAUGCGGUCAUUGCCCUCCUGGCUGAGGAUGGGCACUUGGUGAGUCUGGAUGAGGGACUGGAGGAGGGGGCUUCCCAGGCCCCUUCCACGGGCAGCGCCCUGCUGCAGGAGCGUGGGACCUAUGUCCUCGUGCAGAUCAUCAAGGGGGAGGGUGGGGCUCCCACCCGCUAUGAGUCCCUCCUGGAGAACCUGGACGACCAGUACCCAGAGCUAGCAGAGGAGCUUCACUACCUGUCAGGCCUACACCCCAUGAGUGAUUGCCGGAAGAAGCGCACGAGCACUCGGCGUGGCCACCAGGAGCAAGGCCCCUCUUCAAGGCCACGAAGGAUGGGCUCCCUGCCAUCCAGGACCCGCUAG